UUUAGAAUAAAUAAUGCGGAAGUCCCAGUGACGUCACGUUUAAAUAUGGCGGCGCUCUAAGCUAAAUUGGAGACACAGUCGAAGCGACGUCGAGUUUGUAGCUGUUUCUCGUCGUUUGGAGGUGUAGAUCAGAGCUGAUUCGCAGCUGCAGACAGACGUAGACAGCUGGAGCAUCUGCAGGUGGCCGUGACAGGUGCCCUGCAGAAUACCUGAGAUACCUGCAGACAAGAAGUCAGUCCACUUGUCCUGUUAGUGGUCCUGACCAGGUGUCAACAUCCAUCACCCUACACGGGUCGGAGUGAAGGUGACCUUGGAAAGUCACUGCAGAUAUCUACAGAAGUGUCUUCCCUCCAGGAAGAACAGCUUCUAACAAGGCAAUCAUCAUCAAGAACUUCUCAACCCUUCCUGUGACCUGAGAUAGACGUCAGACACUGUUUCGGAAAGAAGAAAAAUCCGCAGAACCUCAGAAAGCUAACAUCCUCUAUUGUCUCCCUGACUUAAUCCUUGAUCGAGAACAAAUCCCUUCUGUCAGCGUUUCCUCACAGAGGGCUUAGUAAACAUAUCAGCCGGCACAUGACGGUAGUGUGAAGCACGUGAAGGUGAAUAACCCUCCAACACACACAAACAGAGCCGUGCCCGGGGAGGAUGUCUGACUUCAGGACUAUCUAGCUUGACAAAGCGCCGCUCUGAGGAGGUUUCACCGUAAGGUCAGAUAAGACAGAUCGUUGAAAAGGAUCAUCCACCACUAAUUCCCAACGGACCUGUCCUGCUUUCACAAAGUGGCCACCUGACCUGAUUGGACCAACUCUUGGGCCAUUCCUUUAGAAGCUUUACUCAUUAAAAUAGGAUCUGAUGGAGGAAUACAGCAGUUUCCAGGUUGACCCCGGUUAGAGCAUUUUUUCCAUUUUUUGUUUGCAAGAAUGACGACGAGAGGUGGACCAAGUAUGAAGUGGGCGCUGCGAAUCCCGCAGCCUUACAUCAAGCGAGCGAUUAUCCUGGCCUUGGGGUUCAGCUUGUUAUCUAUCUGGAUUCUGGCCUACUACGUCUCUCAAACCAAACAGAAUCCCAGAUGGGAGCCACCUCAGGCUAACUGUAAACUUGCUGACUCCAAAGCCAACCCGUUUUUCCCCGUACGGCCCCAGCCAAUGCGCGAUGCGGCAAAGAACUCUAGAACUCAACCUGCCGCCCUCGUAUUCGUUGAGAGUGCCUAUUCCAAACUGGGCCAAGAAAUCGCCGCUCUCCUUGAAGCCAACCGCUUAAAGUACAAGACAGAAAUCGUCAGUGGAAAGAGUUUCCCUUCCCUGACCGAGGUGGGCCACGGAAAAUAUUCCCUGGUCAUCUUUGAAAACUUGAACAAGUACCUCCUCAUGGACAAAUGGAAUCGAGACAUUCUGGACAGGUACUGUUUAGAAUUCAACGUCGGAAUUAUCAGCUUCGUAGGAAAAUCCGAAGACAACCUUUUAAAUAAAAGGGUUGGCGACUUCCCCUUGUUCAUGCACAGUAACCUCAGACUGAAGGACUGUUCGCUAAAUCCCGACUGCCCGCUCCUGUAUCUCACACGAGCCGGGGAAACGUGGCGUGGGAACCUGCCUGGGGAGGACUGGACGAUAUUUCAGUCCAACCACACGACCUACGAGCCUGUGGCGUACGCCAAAACGUCCAGUCUUGAAUAUGUACAUAUGAAUGAGAAUGUGGACAGGUCGUUCCAUGUAACAGUUAUGCAGGACCUUGGGCUUUAUGACGGAAUCCAGAGGGUGUUCUUUGGAAACGACCUGAACUUCUGGCUCCAUAGGUUGUUGUUUCUGGACAGUGCCACAUACCUGAGCCAGGGGAAGCUGAGCUUGUCCCUGGAGCGCUUCAUCCUUGUGGACAUCGAUGACAUCUUCGUGGGGAAGGUGGGCACAAGGAUGCAGACAAGUGAUGUGAAGGCUCUGAUCAGUGCCCAGUCCAGGCUGGGGGCCUUAGUUCCCGGGUUCCGCUUCAACUUGGGGUUCUCUGGUUACUUCUACCACUCAGGAGAUGAUGUAGAGGAUGUAGGAGAUGAUGUCCUGCUGGCCAACGCCCAUGAGUUCUGGUGGUUCCCCCACAUGUGGGCCCACACACAGCCCCACACCUUCACCAACGAGUCCUCACUACGGGAACAGAUGAUCCUCAACAAGAGAUUUGCCAAAGAGCACGGAAUUCCCACGGAUGGAGGGUACGCGGUGGCGCCGCACCACUCCGGAGUGUACCCCGUCCACGUGCCGCUGUACGAGGCCUGGAGGAAGGUGUGGGGAAUCAAGGUCACAAGCACAGAGGAGUACCCUCACCUGCGACCUCCCAGGCACCGCAGGGGCUUCAUCUACAAGAACAUCAUGGUCCUGCCGAGGCAAACCUGUGGUCUCUUCACCCACACGAUCUUCAUAGACAAGUACCCCGGCGGGCGCUCGCGGCUGGAGGAGAGUAUACACGGCGGGGAGUUGUUCCAAACCUUCAUCAACAGUAGGGUGAACAUCUUCAUGACACACCUGUCCAACUACGGUAACGACCGUCUGGCCCUGUACACCUUUGAGAGCGUCAUCAAGUUUGUGCAGUGUUGGACCAACCUGCAGCUGAAGACUGUGCCGCCCCUGGAACUGGGCAAGAAGUACUUUGAUCUGUACCCUGAGGAAGUCAACCCUGUGUGGCAGAACCCAUGUGACGACAAGAGGCAUUUGGCCAUCUGGUCAAAGUACAAGACAUGUGACAGGUUACCACGCUUCCUGGUCAUCGGCCCACAGAAAACUGGCACCACUGCGCUGUACGCCUUCCUAUCCAUGCACCCCAACAUCCUCAGUAACUUCCCCAGCAGCAAGACGUUUGAGGAGGUCCAGUUCUUCAAUGGAGCCAAUUAUUACAGAGGAAUUGACUGGUACAUGGAGUUCUUCCCCACGCCCAGUAACUCCAGUCUACAGUACCUGUUUGAGAAGAGUGCCACAUACUUUGAUAACGAGCUUGUUCCCAAGCGUGCCCAUGCCUUGCUUCCCCGUGCCAAGAUAGUCACCAUUCUUAUAAACCCAGCCAGGAGGGCGUACUCGUGGUACCAGCACAUGCGUGCCCAUGCGGACGCCGUGGCGCUGAACCACAGCUUCUACCAGGUGGUGACGGCGACAGACGAGGCGCCGCGGUCGCUGCGUGACCUCAAGAACCGGUGUCUGAGCCCCGGCAAGUACGCCGUUCACCUGGAGAUGUGGCUGAACCAUUAUCCUGCCAGCCAGUUGUUGAUCUUGGACGGUGACCAGCUGAGGACGGACCCCGUAUCCACCAUGUGGAAGACUCAGAAGUUCCUCAAGGUCAAGCCGCACUUCGACUAUGACAGCCAUCUCAGGUAUGAUCCCUCGAAAGGGUUCUACUGCCAAGUCAUGCCGAGCGGGAAGACAAAGUGCCUGGGGAGGAGCAAGGGGAGACACUACCCUCCCAUGGAGAACGACACAGAGAAGUUCCUGAGUAACUACUACCUUCCCUACAACGUGGAACUGUCCAAACUGUUGACCAGGUUAGGACAGCAGCUUCCUGAUUGGCUGAGAGAGGAGCUCCGGGGAAGAUGAUGUCAGUGGAACAAGGCCAUAGGUCACCUAAGGUCAUCAGAGACUUAUAAUUGCACAUAAAAAAAAAAGAAAUUUGGAAAAUAUUGAUUGCAAAAAGUGUGAAUGGUAUAAUGUUUGAUUUAUCAUAUCCUUGUAGAUAGAAAAUACAUGUAAGCACUGCUUUGUAAUUUUUAUGCUAUAAAGAGCUUGCGUCCUUAUAAUUUGUAUUUUCAAGGAAGUCUUGAUAAAGAGAGAGAGAGAACUGUGAUAAUGAACAGAAUACUGCCUAUCUCUCUCCAAUUUGCCACCAAUCAACUUUGUGAUCUAACUGCUACUUUUGAGAUAUCGAAAACCAACAGACAAAGUGCCAUGGUGACAGUUAUAUAGCAGCACUGCAAUGUACUAAUGCCAGCCAUGAUGUCUCCACUCCAAGUUGCCUGUAGUUAUGUACCCUGAACUGUGCUUCUUUAGAACCUCUGGUAGCUGAGCUCCCGUGGAUUUAGUACAAUGUAGAAAGUAUUGGUAAAGGUGAAUGCAGGCUCAUUCUAGCAUGCACAGUAAUCAGUCUUUCAUACAAAGUUUUCUCUGACUUUGAUGAUUGUUAUCAAUAGUAAAUUUGCAUAACCUGGCCGCCAUAAUAAGAACAAAAAUUCACACACUUAAAAACCCAGUUUACCUCAUUCAGUGUUAGUGUUAUGUGAAACAUAGUACUCCAGAAAAAACACCCUGGGCUAAGAAAAACCACAUACCAGUAGGUUUCAAAGAAUCCAAGAGAGAAAUCCCACCUUGGAAUAUGAAUAAAGUUGCUGUAUACCAGAGACACAUACAUGUAUAAGCAGAUAAGGAAAAAUUUGUCACAUACAUCUGUAUAGAUACCAAUAGCUUAGUGAAGCCUGGACUAAAGUAGUAGGUUUCAAAAUGGCAAGUUUGAUGAGUUGAAAUGACAAAAGUUCAGCUUCACAAUUGUGUGAGAGAAAGUGUGUCCCCCAACCCUCUCAUGAGCUGAUCUCAGGAAGUGUAAUUGCUGUCAAGGCAUACUCCAUGGGAGGGGAGGGGGGUUAGAGGGUCUGAUUCAUGUUAUGGUAUCAGAAGUGGUGAUGUAUAGAAAAGUUGUAUCCACCUUUUUAUCCCUUUUGUGAAGGAGCGCCACCCUCUCCUUAUCAGGAGAACUGCAGCACCAAGAUUUAAGUCUUAAAACAGCAUUUAGUUGACUUUGUUAGUAGUGUACCAUUGCGGUUGCAGAACACAGUAUUUACCCUUGACCUCCGUGGUCAACAGUAAAUUGGGCAUGAAGGAGGUGGCACAGUACUUGAAAAAGUCAUAAAUAUUGUUGAGGAAGCCAACCACUCUGGCAUAUAUGAGAAGCCAACCACUCUGGGUCCUUAACCAUGUGAAUGAAUCCCUGUAGGCAGAAUACUGUGUUCUGCUGCCUUGUUAUAGUGCUUUCCCGUUAUUUUAGCUUUCUGGAUCUGCAUAGAGGCUCUGAAGGACAACUUCUAAGAAGUUUGUACAAGAUAAGAAUGGAGCUCAGAAGUUGUGUUUUAUUAAAAAAAAAACUGUAAUCUUUUUCCUUACACUAGCCAUGCCAUUCACCAGUUUUAACUGUAAAUUUUGGGGUGAGGUGAAUACUAAUGUAAUAUAUAAAAUAAUUAACAAUUAUAAAAAAAGCAUUUCUAACUGAGACUUUCACACCUGGUUGCUUCUGAUCUGAAACAUUGCACUCAGAAAGGCAGACCUAAAAUGCAACUGAUUGUCUUAUCUCCAAAAGUACAUUAUCCUGGUGUCUUGGAUUCCAUACACAAGUUGAUUUCCAUACAUAAGUUGUUUUCUAUGUAAACAGCAAAGACCAAAAGGAUGGACACUCUAUGGUUGUUUGGAACGGGAAAAUUGGUCACUAUGCCAUAACAUGCUAUGAUAAACAAGUGUUUACAAGUAAACAGUUCUUAUGUUUGGAUGCCGCCAGGUGCGUGACUGUCUCGGGACCGGGAAUGUCUAGAGGAAUAUAUUUUGUAAUUCUACAGAUAGAAUUAUCAUUCAUACUGAAUGUUUUAGAGAAGUGAAUGGAGAGACUGUUCUUUCCCACCUGCCAAGUCCCCGUCUGGUCAUGUCAGCUUUUCACACCUGUUCUGUUGCCUGUGCUAUGCCAAGUGUUAUUUAGGGCCCAGCCACCUUCAUCAUAUGAUCGUCGCACAAUCACAAGCUAAAGACAUUGUUGGGAAAGUCGUGCAAGUAUCAAACAAAAUUCAGAUGUCUUGUUACAGAAAAGGCUGUCUGAAAUCCCUGUUGGCAGUUGUUACUGUCACAGCCUGAUACAAAAUUCCAUGACGUCAAAAUUUUGCGACGACCUACGAUGAGCGUGGCAGCUCUGUUGGAACCCCGUGACGGGACCUUACUUAAUCCACUUUUGUUUUUAGUAUAUCAGUACCAAAGAAACAUAUGAAAGCCAAGUUGAUGUUGAAAGAUUGGAACAUGAAGAUUAUGGAGUAACUCAAUCUUUAGGAUAAUACAAUUUGGACAAAAGGCGGUACAACAUCUGAAGAAGUAGACAUGGCACAGACGUAAGCAAGGCAGCUUUAAAGCAAGCUUAGCCAGAAAAUUGCCAGGAUGAAAAAUCCAAAGAUGCAUUCUUUAAGUAAAGUGCAUUCUUUAAGUAAACAUCGUCCACACCCCACACAUCUCAAUGUUAAGGCAGGCAUUGUCAAAUGAUCAACAUCAUUGUUAAAAUUGCAUUAUAAAGUGAAGAAUAGGCCCUACUAGUGUCAAGACUGAUGAGUACUGAAUGUCCUACCCAGCCUGUAACACUGUGAGGGUUUAUGAUACAUGUGCACCUCACUCCGUAUACCUUGCGAUCGUCCUUACAUUGUGGGAUUGAAGUAUGAUUUUAUGUUUGAUAGAGUUUCCACAUGACAUGGUAGAAAUCCCAAAUGUCUGCAGAAGACUACAGAAUGUUACAGUGGUCCUUCUGGCACCUUCUCAACUCAACAGUAUCUACCACAGAAUAGUUUUACUCAACAAGUUAUGUAUCAUUUGUGUUCACAAGUACUUACAUGUAGACCAACCAUUGAGUCCAUUGCCAAACUCUACUACAGUAAUAUAACUAUUAUUAUCAUUAUUGUACCUGUCAUGACAAGUGAUGGAAGAAUAUUCCAUAUUGUGACAUAGAAUAUGGUGUGUUCUUCACACAUAUCUGUGACUUAGUUAGAAAAUAUUCUUUGUAACAUGACUGGAUGUUUACUAGGUUAAUCUGUAGACGAACACAGUAUUAUUUUUAAGGUUGCAGAGAAAGUUGAUGUUUGAGAAAUUUGCUAAGAAAGGAGUCGAAAUCCUCUUAAUUUGACAUGUCUCCAUGACGGUACUAAAAGGACAGUAACUGUAAUCCCAUGACCAGUGUUUCUUUACUUUCGUACCCAGAGCCCAGUUUACACUCUGUUCUGUUAAAAGGCUCUGGGUAGGAGAGUGAUGUUUUGAAACACCCUGCCUUAAAGCACCACUGUAACGUUGUAACCUUGACUGGCAAUAUUUCUGGCAGUUGUACAGUGGCGAUAGCUUCUCCCAGAUGGACAUAUUUUCAUGACAACUGAUUGAGAAUUCAGCUAGUUGUAUGAUGACCAGAAGAUCAAUUUGAGUUAUCACUGUAGUCAAUAUUUCAGCAGAACUUGAAUAAAUACAUGAGAACAGAAA